AUUCAAAAUGUACAGAGAGUGGGCAGUGGUGAAUAUUUUCAUGAUGUCUUACAUACAGCUGGUGCAGGGUUCCAGUAAUGACCAUGGGCCUCUGAAGCGGUCAUCCCGAUCGAUGUUAGAACAGUCUGAAGAGAAGAUUCGGGCUGCUUCUAGUUUGGAAGAACUGCUUCGAAUCACGCACGCUGAGGACUGGAAGCUGUGGCAAUGCCGGCUGAAGCUCAAAAGUCUCAGCGGAGUGGACUCUCGCUCAGCCUCUCAUCGGUCCACCAGGUUCGCAGCAACUUUCUAUGACGUUGAAACACUAAAAGUCAUAGAUGAGGAGUGGCAAAGAACUCAGUGCAGCCCGCGAGAGACAUGCGUGGAGGUGGCCAGCGAGCUGGGGAAGAGCACCGACACGUUCUUCAAGCCGCCCUGUGUCAACGUGUUCCGCUGCGGCGGCUGCUGCAAUGAGGAGAGCCUCAUCUGUAUGAACACGAGCACCUCGUACGUCUCCAAACAGCUCUUUGAGAUAUCGGUGCCUUUGACAUCAGUACCUGAGUUAGUGCCUGUUAAAGUUGCCAACCACACAGGUUGUAAGUGCUUGCCAACGGCCCCUCGGCAUCCAUACUCAAUUAUCAGAAGAUCCCUCCAAACCACAGAAGAAGACCGCUGUUCCCAAUUCAAGAAACUCUGCCCUAUUGACAUGCUGUGGGAUAGCAACAAGUGUAAAUGUGUUUUACAGGAAGAGAAUCCACUUGCUGGAACAGAAGAUCACUCUCCUCUCCAGGAAUCUGCUCUCUGCGGGCCACACAUGAAGUUUGAUGAAGACCGUUGUGAGUGUGUCUGUAAAACCCUGUGUCCCAGAGACCUCAUCCAACACCCAGAAAACUGCAGUUGCUUUGAGUGCAAAGAAAGUCUGGAGAGCUGCUGCCAGAAGCACAAGAGAUUUCACCCAGACACCUGCAGCUGUGAGGACAGAUGCCCCUUUCAUGCCAGAACAUGUGCAAGCGGAAAACACGCAUGUGCAAGGCAUUGCCGCUUUCCAAAGGAGAAAAGGGCUGUCCGGGGACUCCAAAGCCAAGAACAUCCCUGAUGCAACUCUGAUUCAAGGCCCCCAUCGCUGUCAUUUUAAACAGCACAUUGCUUUGCUGAGCUGCUGCCAUUGUUUCCCCAGGUGUUAGGGGGAAAAUCUAUUUCACAUAGUGCUCUCCAGAUGUCUUUAGCGGGUGUCGAGUGGAAGAUUGGUCUUCUCACUGCAGAUGUCUCUGCACACAAAGUAAUGGAGUGGAGGGGGCCUAAAGAACCCUUCUUUGAUUGAGUGAGCAAGAUUGGCUUGUCAGGGAAUGACAGGUGCCAGAGCUCACGAGGCAAAUCGCACAGUCUCUGAGCGUCUGCUAAUUGCAGCUCUCUUGCGAAUGAGUCUCAUUCUUUCUUACGCAGAGUUUGAUUUGUAUGAGCCACACGGACUUUCUGUCCAGCUUGUAGUUUCCUAGUUAGUGAACUACUGUCUGAUGUUUCAUAUUUAAGUGUAGUUAAUGGAAAUAAACACCAUUAUUCAA